UUUGAUUUGAUGUAUUUAUUUAGGAGCAGGGUGACCAGAUAUUCUUAACAGCAAAGGAAGACAAGGCACCACAAACGUAGAGGACAUCAAAGAAUGGUUUUUUGAUGGAGACAACUGGCGCAUGCAACACCCCCUUUGUGAGAGUGACUCCUAGGAACCGCCAACCUCUGCAAAACCCAAAGCCUCAAGUGAGGAAAAGGCGCUUGACUCAGGCUCGCCAGAGAGCUACUCUAGCAGGGCUUUUCAGCAACCUACAAGAAACUGUAUAUUCUCAGCAAGAAAAUUUUGUAUCAGAGAGUCAGGUUUUAUGUAAGGCUAAGAAUUAUAUCCAGGAACUGGAGCAAACCUUGGAAAACUUGCUGAGGAUGAAAGAGGUUUUAAAUCUGGAGGAUGGAAACCCGUCAAGCCUGGAGGAAGUAAAGGAAGAAUAUGUCAAGAUAUACUUCAACAAUGACAGUGUAGCACCCCCUUCAAGUGUUACCAAUCAGAGUGGCACUACAGUGUGGUAUGUGGUUCAGGAACAGGAGAAGAAAUCAAUAGAAGAGGAUAUAAAUCUAAGGCUUACACAGUCACCGCCUACAUCUCCUGAUCUCAUGGAGUUUGAACGAUACUUGUAUUUUUACAAACAGACAGUAGACCUGCUGGUAGAUAAUGGGGUUGUAAGCCCUGAAGAGGUUACACUACCUGUGGUCUCCAUGGCUGUUUCCCACCUAUGGCAGGGCCUCCCCGAAGAAAGGAGGGAGAGUGUCUUGCAGUACUGUAGUCAGAGGCAGAAUUUAAUCUCUGAGGCGAAGACAGCCUCCCAGGAACCUGCCUGUACCGAGGGCAGUGUGAGGGACAGCGGAAUAAAUAGCCAGGAAGCCAGUGGUUCAGUAGUAUCCACACCAGAAGAGAUUCUCUUUGAAGAUGCAUUUGAUGUGGCAACCAGUUUCCUUGACAGAAACGAAACUCAAGAAAUGUCAAGUCAAAGCUCAUCUUUCACAGGCUGCACUUCAGAAAGUCAGGAGGAUAACCAUCACCUCUAUCUGCAAAUCCUCAGCUUCUUGAAAAGCCUGUUUUUUGCUAGCACGCAACCACCACAGCAGGAAGAAGUUCUCCAGUUAGAUUAUGAGACUGUGAUGUUGAGAUGCACAGAGACAUUUGAUGAUGAAGAUUUGUGAAUGAACAUCUUUCUAUUAAGUGGAAAAAUUCUAAUGGUUACUCAAUGACAUCUCAUUCCUGUACCCAAGAUCUCCAGAGGAAGGAAUGGGAGAUUCUGCACCCUUUUUUUAUUGGAUGCAUCGUGUUUGGAAUAGUUUUGGUUAUGUUGACUUCAUAGUUCUUUACCAGUUAAAUUAUUUGUAUUUUUUACAUGCAUUGCAAUUUGAUAUUUAUAAACUUUUAAAACUUUUAAAA